CUCAUCAGGUGCGAAGUGUGUGCUUUAGUGUCGUGGUAGGCCUGCCUUCCCAGAGAGGGAGGGGAAAGGUUGUAACCACUCCUUUGAGGGGGAAUCACCGAAGUCACCGUCGUGGGUUUGCACAGUCGGACGGGCGGCGCCAUGGCGGAAAGAAAAAGAACAACCAAAGUGGACUUCUUGAAGAAGAUUGAGAAGGAAGUUCAACAAAAAUGGGAUGCCAAGAAAGUGUUUGAGGUCAAUGCAUCUAAUUUAGAGAAACAGACUAGCAAGGACAAGUACUUUGUAACCUUCCCAUAUCCAUAUAUGAAUGGGCGCCUUCACUUGGGACAUACAUUUUCUUUAUCCAAAUGUGAGUUUGCAGUAGGGUACCAGAGAUUGAAAGGAAAAACUUGUCUGUUUCCCUUUGGUUUACACUGUACUGGAAUGCCUGUUAAGGCAUGUGCUGAUAAAUUGAAAAGAGAAAUAGAGCUUUAUGGUUGCCCCCCUGAUUUUCCGGAUGAGGAAGAGGAAGAAGAAGAAAUCAGUAUUAAAACAGAAGAUAUAAUAAUUAAGGAUAAAGCUAAAGGAAAAAAGAGUAAAGCUGCUGCUAAAGCUGGAUCUUCUAAAUACCAGUGGGAGAUUAUGAAAUCCCUUGGUCUGUCUGAUGAAGAGAUAGUCAAAUUUUCUGAAGCAGAAUAUUGGCUUGACUAUUUCCCGCCACUGGCUGUUCAGGAUCUGAAGAGAAUGGGUUUGAAGGUAGACUGGCGCCGUUCCUUCAUCACCACUGAUGUUAAUCCUUACUAUGACUCGUUUGUCAGGUGGCAGUUUUUAACAUUAAGAGAAAGAAGCAAAAUUAAAUUUGGGAAGCGGUAUACCAUUUAUUCUCCAAAAGAUGGACAGCCUUGUAUGGAUCAUGACAGACAAACUGGAGAGGGUGUUGGACCUCAGGAAUAUAUUUUAAUCAAGUUGAAAGUGCUUGAGCCAUACCCAUCCAAAUUAAGUGGCUUGAAAGGGAAAAAUAUCUUCUUGGUAGCUGCUACUCUCAGACCUGAGACCAUGUUUGGACAGACAAACUGUUGGGUUUGCCCUCAUAUGAAGUACAUUGGAUUUGAGACAGUGAAUGGAGAUAUAUUCAUCUGCACCCAAAGAGCCGCAAGGAAUAUGUCAUACCAGGGCUUUACCAAGGACAACGGAGUGGUGCCUGUUGUUAAAGAGUUAAUGGGAGAGGAUAUUCUUGGUGCAUCACUUUCUGCGCCUUUAACAUCUUAUAAGGUGAUCUAUGUUCUCCCAAUGCUCACCAUCAAGGAGGAUAAAGGUACUGGUGUGGUCACAAGUGUUCCUUCUGACUCCCCCGAUGAUUUUGCUGCCUUCAGAGACUUGAAGAAAAAGCAAGCUUUACGAGCAAAAUAUGGAAUUAGAGAUGACAUGGUCUUGCCAUUUGAGCCUGUGCCAGUCAUUGAAAUUCCAGGCUUUGGACAGCUUUCUGCUGUAACCAUGUGUGAUGAGUUGAAAGUUCAGAGCCAGAAUGACCGAGAAAAACUUGCAGAAGCAAAGGAGAAAUUAUACCUAAGAGGCUUUUAUGAUGGUGUAAUGUUGGUGGAUGGAUUUAAGGGACAGAAGGUCCAAGACGUAAAGAAGACUAUUAAAAACAAGAUGAUUGACACUGGAGAUGCAUAUAUUUACAUGGAACCAGAGAAACAAGUUAUGUCCAGGUCUUCAGAUGAAUGCGUCGUGGCCCUGUGUGACCAGUGGUACUUGGAUUAUGGAGAAGAGAACUGGAAAAAACAGACAUCCCAGUGCUUGAAGAACCUGGAAACGUUCUGUGAGGAGACCAGGAGGAAUUUUGAAGCUACCUUAGAUUGGCUGCAAGAGCAUGCUUGCUCAAGAACUUACGGCUUAGGUACUCGUCUGCCGUGGGAUGAGCAGUGGCUGAUUGAAUCACUCUCUGACUCCACUAUUUACAUGGCAUUUUACACAGUUGCACAUCUGUUGCAGGGAGGUAACUUGCGUGGACAGGCAGAGUCUCCACUGGGCAUCAGACCACAGCAGAUGACCAAGGAAGUUUGGGAUUAUGUUUUCUUCAAGGAGGCUCCAUUUCCUAAGACUCAGAUCCUAAAGGAAAAAUUAGAUCAGUUAAAGCAGGAAUUUGAGUUCUGGUAUCCUGUGGAUCUUCGAGCCUCUGGCAAGGAUCUUAUUCCAAAUCAUCUUUCAUAUUUCCUUUAUAAUCAUGUGGCUAUGUGGCCAGAAGAAAGUGAUAAGUGGCCUGUAGCUGUGAGAGCAAAUGGACAUCUCCUCCUCAACUCUGAGAAGAUGUCAAAAUCCACAGGCAACUUCCUCACUUUGACCCAAGCUCUUGACAAAUACUCAGCCGAUGGAAUGCGCUUGGCUCUUGCUGAUGCUGGUGACACUGUUGAAGAUGCUAACUUUGUGGAAACCAUGGCAGAUGCAGGUAUUCUCCGUCUGUACACUUGGGUGGAAUGGGUGAAAGAAAUGGUUGCCAACUGGGAUAGCCUAAGAAGUGGUCCUGCCAGCACCUUCAAUGAUAGAGUUUUCGCCAGUGAAAUGAAUGCAGGCAUUAUAAAAACAGAUCAAAACUAUGAAAAGAUGAUGUUUAAAGAAGCUUUGAAAACAGGGUUUUUUGAGUUUCAGGCUGCGAAAGAUAAGUACCGUGAAUUGGCCAUAGAAGGGAUGCACCGAGACCUCGUCUUCCGGUUUAUUGAAGUUCAGACACUUCUCUUGGCUCCAUUCUGUCCUCAUUUGUGUGAGCACAUCUGGACACUCCUGGGAAAGCCCGACUCAGUUAUGAAUGCUUCAUGGCCUCUGGCAGGUCCUGUGGAUGAAAGCUUGAUACGCUCCUCACAAUAUCUCAUGGAAGUAGCACAUGACCUUAGACUGCGACUCAAGAACUAUAUGAUACCUGCUAAAGGGAAGAAGACUGACAAGCAGCACCCUCAGAAGCCUUCACAUUGCACCAUCUAUGUGGCAAAGAACUAUCCGUCUUGGCAACACAUCACCUUGUCAGUUUUGCGUCAUCACUUUGAGACCAACAGUGGAAAAUUGCCUGAUAACAAAGUCAUUGCUAGUGAACUAGUCAAUUUGCCAGAAUUGAAGAAAUACAUGAAGAAAGUGAUGCCAUUUGUUGCCAUGAUUAAGGAAAAUCUGGAGAAGAUGGGACCUCGUGUUCUGGAUUUGCAAUUAGAAUUUGACGAACAGGCAGUGCUCAUGGAGAAUAUAGUCUAUCUGACCAAUUCCCUUGAGCUAGAACACAUAGAAGUCAAGUUUGCCUCUGAAGCAGAAGAUAAAGUCAGGGAAGACUGCUGUCCUGGGAAACCACUUAAUGUUUUUAGAACAGAACCUGGUGUAUCAGUUUCCCUAGUGAAUUCUCAGCCAUUCAAUGGCCACUUCUCAACCAAAAUUGAAAUCAGGCAAGGAGAUAACCGUGAUUCUAUAAUCCGGCGUUUAAUGAAGGCGGACCGAGGAAUCAAAGACCUUUCCAAAGUGAAACUGAUGAGAUUUGAUGAUCCACUGUUGGGGCCUCGGCGAGUUCCUGUCCUGGGAAAAGAGCACGCUGAGAAGACCCCCAUUUCUGAGCAUGCUGUUUUCCACGUGGACCUCACGAGCAAGAAAAUUCAUCUUACUGAAAAUGGGCUACGGGCGGAUAUUGGUGAUACAAUGAUCUAUCUGGUUCAUUAAAUUCAGGCACACUGGAGAUUUAUCCUGGUUUCUGGGGAUAUUACUACCAUGAUUGUGCCUAUAGAUGGGCUAUGAGAAUCUUAGGCUGGACCUAAAUAGAUUUCGUUUCUAACCAUCAAAUUCUGCAUGUACUUGUAAAUACACCAAGUUUUCUUGGAUUCCUGGACCUAAUAAAUUUUUUUUCCUUA